GGACCACCGCCCCAGCGACCCAUAGCGGCUCACUGUAGGGAGCAGUUGGAGACAUUUGUGGGGCCGUCGCGUCGUUAAUCAGCCCGUCGGAGGGCGGAGGGACGCCGGACGGGUCGCGGCAGUUGUUGUCUUCUGUGAGAAGAUGUUCGCCAGACAGUUCCGAGUCAGAUCCAACACCGCCAUCAAAGGGUCGGACAGGAGGAAGCUCAAAGCGGACGUGUCCGCGGCCUUCCCCUCGCUGACUGCGGACGAGCUCUCCGAGCUGAUCCCCAACAAAGAGGAGUUAAAUGUAGUGAAGAUUUAUGCACACAAGGGCGACGCCCUCACACUUUAUGUUCUCCACAAAAAUCCUCUGUUCUUUGAACUGGAGAAACGACUUUACCCGACAGUCUACGCGCUCUGGCGCCACCCAGCUCUCCUGCCGACGUUCAGGACAUGGCCUCCGGUGCUUGAGAAGUUGAUCGGAGGAGCAGAUCUCAUGCUGCCGGGCGUGGUGGCGCCUUCAAGCGGUCUCCCACAUGUGAAGCGGGGCGACUGCUGCUCUGUUACGUUGGUGAAGAACAGAGCUCCGGUUGCCGUCGGCAACGCGGCAUCGUCCACCGAGGAGAUGCACAGCUCGGGCAUGAAGGGGAGAGGAGUGUGUGUUCUCCAUGCGUACAUGGAUCAUCUCUGGGCUUUUGGAGAUAAAUCAGGCCCUCCUUCUUUCCCCGAUGCAGAGGGUGAAGAGCACGAUGCGAAUGGAGAAGAUUAUGAAGUCGAUGACAGACAGGAGGAGGCUGAGAGGUGUGAGGAGGAGGAGGAGGAGGAGGAGCAGCAGCUCUCAGGUGAAAAGGUCAAAGAUCAGCCCUGCUCUGGCAUUGAGGAGCUGAGUCUGGUCGAGCAAGAGGAGCAGAGGGGCGACGAGGAAGAGGAGGCAGAUCAAGAAGACCAGAAAAUGCCACAAGAGACAAUGGAUGCUCUGCUGUUGCAGUGUUUUCUCCAUGCGCUCAAGAGGAAGGUGAAGAAAUCCGAGCUCCCCCUGCUGACCAGCACGUUUCUCCGCAACCACAUGUUCUCCUGCUGCCCGAGUGGAAAGCAACUUGACAUUAGGAAAUCCAGCUAUAAAAAGCUGUCCAAGUUUCUCCAGGCCAUGCAGAAGCAACAUAACCUCGUGCGAGUGAAAGAACUGACCAAGGGAGUGGAGAGCAUCGUGGAGGUGGACUGGAACAAUCAAGAGCUGCGUUAUUUCAAAGUUCUCGAGGAGACGAAUGAUGAAGCGUCCUCGGCGCAGGACGGCGGGGAAGCAGAACCUCCUUACCGGCCCCCCGAGAUCACCACGCUGUACUCCGUGUCGGCCCGACUGGAGCCGCUUUUCCUGGACGCCAACAAGAGGAAAGGAACCAUCCUGCAGCCUGCUGAAGUGAGGCACAUUGUCACCGAGUACGUGAAGAAGAAUGAACUGGUGGAUGAAAAUAACAAGAACUACGUCACCGUGGACCCGACGCUGUGUGACUGCCUGUUGGAGAGGUCGGAGUACCAGGAGGUCCAGUCUCUUAAGUGGGACGACCUCUUCGGCAGGGCGCUGGGAAAGAUGACCGAGUGCUAUGAAGUGGUGUUCCCGGGACAUGCACCCAUAAGAAAGAAGGGCCACAUGGAGCCCAUAGACGUCUCCGUGGCUUCACGAGGCUCCAAUAAGAAGGUCACUGUGAUAAAGAACCUGGACGCGUACGGCCUUGAUCCCGCCGCCGUGAGCGCCGCAUUGCAGCGCCGCGUCCAGGCCAGCUCCGUCCUACAGCCCGUCCCCGGGUCCAAGGACAAAGUCCUGGUCCAGAUCCAAGGCAACCAGAUCCACCAAGUCGGCCUUCUGCUGACGGAUUAUUAUCAAAUUCCUCGCAAGUACAUCCAAGGACUCGACAAAGCUCCGAAAAGUGGAAAGAAGAAGUAACUCUGCUUUGUGUGAACACAACAACACGCGCCUCUAACUUUAAAUAAAGCGGUGCCCCGGGUCUGACCCGCAGAGACUGCUGCUGGGGUUUGUGCUUUGUGAGGACGAAGUGGACACACGGGUCUAUUCUGGAUUUAAUCCAAUGAAACUAUCAAAACGUCCUUGGACUUGAUUGACUGGAGGCAGGCGGAAUGUCUGUAAACUUUGUAAACAUGAGUUCCUGGUCUAUGAAGUUGUCUGGAAUACAGCAUGAUGUCCAUUUAGUGGAUUAUGGUCCAAUAGAAAUAAAUGAGGACAUAUUUUAGGGCGUGGCUACCUUGUGAUUGACACGUUGCUGCCUGGACACACACGAGUUGUGUUUACUGCCAUCUCUGUUUUGAUAUUAUUAGUAUCAUUACUAUACAUUUUCCUCUAUUACACAUCUCAUCAUGUCGGUAAUAGCGUUGUAUUAUAAUGCAAUUCCCCUGAGAUGAUGUUGUC